AUGCGGCAGGCUGCUCUAGAAGUCACUGCUCGCUACUGUGGCCAGGAGCUAGAGCAGUAUGGCCAGUGUGUGGCAGCCAAGCCUGAGUCAUGGCAGCGGGACUGCCACCACCUCAAAAUGAGCAUUGCUCGCUGCACAUCCUCACACCCAAUCAUCCGCCAGAUCCGCCAGGUCUGUGCUGAGCCUUUCCUGGCCUUUGAGGAAUGUCUGCGACAGAAUGAGGCAGCUGUGGGCAAUUGUGCAGAGCAUAUACACCGCUUCCUGCAGUGUGCUGAGCAGGUACAGCCUCCACGUCCACCCACAACUGUGGAGGCACAGCCACUUCCUGCCUCCUGA